UCCUGUCCCUGUCCCGUGUCCUCUCUCACCGCACACUGCUCUCUGUGUGUUUUACCUCCGGGAUCUUUACAAACUACAUCUCUUGCCCAGACUGCACCAUGACGGACGCGGCCACCAACCUGAGGCUAAAGCUGCCCUCCACCUGCCUGAUUCUGGAGAUCAUCCUCAUGAUCCUGUUCGGGACCCUGGUGCAGUACGACCACGAGACAGACGCUAAAGAGUGGCACGAGCAUCUGCACAACGGAUCCAACAACGGACACAAUGAUUUCUACUACCGCUACCCCAGUUUCCAGGACGUGCACGUGAUGAUCUUCAUUGGCUUCGGGUUCCUUAUGACGUUCCUGCAGAGGUACGGCUUCAGCAGUGUGGGCUUUAACUUCCUGAUCGCAGCCUUCUCUCUGCAGUGGGCCACACUCAUGCAGGGCUUCUUCCACGGCAUGCACGGAGGCAAGAUCCACAUCGGAGUGGAGAGUAUGAUCAACGCAGACUUCUGCACGGGCUCGGUGCUCAUCUCCUUUGGGGCAGUCCUGGGUAAGACCAGCCCAGUGCAGCUGCUGGUCAUGGCCGUGUUUGAGGUCACUCUCUUCGCUGUCAAUGAGUUCAUCCUGCUCACUGCUCUGGGGGCCAAGGAUGCAGGCGGCUCCAUGACCAUCCACACAUUCGGAGCAUACUUCGGCCUGAUGGUGACCCGAGUGCUGUACAGACCAAAUCUGGAAAAGAGCAAGCACAAGAACUGCUCCGUCUACCACUCCGACCUCUUCGCUAUGAUUGGAACCAUCUACCUGUGGAUGUUCUGGCCCAGCUUUAACUCUGCCAUCACGGCUCACGGAGACGACCAGCACCGCACGGCUCUCAACACCUACUACUCCCUGGCCGCGUGUACCCUGUCCAGCUACGCCCUGUCCGCUCUGACCGCCCACGAUGGAAAACUCGACAUGGUGCACAUCCAGAACGCGGCGCUGGCCGGGGGCGUGGCCGCAGGCACAGCGGGGGAGAUGAUGCUCACUCCGGUCGGCGCCAUGAUCGUGGGCUUCUUCGCUGGCAUCAUCUCUGUGCUGGGAUACAAGUACCUCACUCCCGUCUUGGAAUCGAAGCUGAAGAUCCAGGACACGUGUGGGGUCCAUAACCUGCACGGCAUGCCCGGAGUGCUGGGAGCUGUUGUGGGGGCGGUGACUGCUGCCGUGGCAACGACGGACGUGUACGGAGAGGGAAUGGAGGACGUGUUUCCGCAGAUUGCCAGUGGAGAAUUCACAGCCUCGGCUCAGGGGGUGCGUCAGGCCAUCUCUCUGGCUGUGACCCUGGGCAUUGCGCUGCUGGGAGGACUCAUCGUCGGUUUCAUUUUGAAGUUACCCAUCUAUGGAUCUCCUUCUGAUGCCAUUUGCUUUGAGGACAGCAUCUACUGGGAGAUGCCAGGAGAAGAGUCCCACCACGAUAACCAGCUGACCGCAGUGAGGACGGAGGAGGGAGAGAAACUCAACAUGUAGAAGGAGAGGAGAGAGGAGGAGGGAGGAGGAGAGAGGAGGAGGGAGGAGGAGAGAGGAGGAGAGAGGAGGAGGGAGGAGGAGAGAGGAGGAGAGAGGAGGAGGGAGAAGGAGGGAGGAGGAGAGAGGAGGAAGGAGGAGAAAGGAGAAAAGAGGAGCAGAGGUGAAAGGAGAUGAGGAGAGAGGAAGAGAGGGAGUACCCACAUCGAGGUCGGAACAUUCCAUCUGUGAACAUGCAGUAUGACCAAAUGCCUCAAAACGAUGGUUGUGUCACUAUAAGAAAAGGUUAAAAAAAAAAAAAAAAAAAAAAAAAAAAAUUCAAACGACAUUAACUUUCAGAAUCAGGUUUCAUUCAUAUUCAUUUUUCUUAGAUUUUUUUUUUUUCUAUUAUUGUAAAAAGCAAAAACGUCUGUAAAAUGUAGCCUAAAUAGUGUUGCUGUUUGUCUGGAUUGUACCUAGUAAAAUAGUAACAAAUAUUUUUCUACAUUUUAAGGAAAUUUUAAGGAUAUUUCCCCUAUUUUUGUCUACUAGUGUAAAAACUUAUAUUUACAUAUUUUGAUGGGUAAUAAACAUGUUACUGCUGUUCUUCUCCUCGCCACUAGAGGGGGGUGUAGCGCUGUUAUGCUGGUGCAAUGGUGCUUCCUGUUCUGUGAGCCUUACACUGUUACAGAAAGAUAUUUUUUAAACCAAAGACUAACCCUCAGGCCCAGGACUUUGCCUUAGAUCACCUUUAUAGUUCAAAAUUUACAAAAAUAAAUGUUUGUUUGUAUAAAUUGGACUCUAUCAGUUAUAUUCAGUUAUAGGUUUGAAGAAUGUAUACCCGGCUGAUUUAUUUUGGCAUUUUCUUGAAGCUCAAUGUAUUGGUUGUUUUUUAGUAAAAUAAAAUAUUCAAUUCAC